AUGCUUGCUUCGCGGGUUUCCUGUGUCGGAAAAAUUUCGGCUCGGAUACGGGACACCCAAUUACGCGGACCGAUCACUGAUCGUUCCAAAAAUUACGAAUUCGCAUCAAUAGUGGUCUUACGUAAUUUGCGUAGUGCAUUUGCAUAUGAUUUUGUUGAGAAUCAUCGGAUCAUCCGCAGUGCUAUUGAAAAUUUUUCCUCAUCACCUCAUACGCACAUCUACCAAGACACUAAACACACAAUCCAAAAUCCAGCAACGAAUAAGACGACAAUCAGAUGGAAGAUAAAACAUGUUUGUAUCUCAUACGUCUGCUGGAACAAUCCAAACAAACAGCAUAUUUUCACAUUUCAAGUUAGCUUCCGAGGAAAAUUGCACAGCAUUGAACAAUGGGCUGCGGAUUCUUCAGUACGGGGGUUGAAAGAGCACAUGGAGGAGGUGACUGGUGUACCAGCUGACUUGCAAAAAUUGAUCUAUCAUGGAAUAUUAAAAGACGACUCCACAUUACGUAAUAGUAAUUUAAAAUCAGGAGCAAGAAUCACAAUGAUUGGAAGUUCACAGGCAGAAGUUCAAACGAUUCGAGAUGCCGAUGCUAAAAUGUCACAUAAGCCGCGAAAAUCGAAAUAUGCAAUUAAUCCGUACAAAGAUAUCAAAUCGUCGUCAACACACUCAAUGACACAAUACAAAUUCCACCAAAUACAAGUGCUCGAACACCUCCCCUUCCCUGAAAAAGCACGUCAAAUACUAGAACGCCUCUCCGAAGAUCGCGGAAUCCGCGCGAUAAUGGAACGCCAUAAAUUCAGUGUUGGAGUUCUGGCAGAGUUAUCACCAGCCGAAAAAGAUCUUUUGGGGUACAAUCAGAACAAGGGGCAGAUAAUUACACUUCGGCUACGAACCGAUGAUUUGGAAGGAUUUCGACAUUAUCCCGCGAUACGACGUGUGCUGUUGCAUGAAUUGGCACAUUGUGUAUGGACUGGACAUGAUGAAAACUUUCAUCGGUUGAAUCGGCAGUUGAAUAAGGAAGUUGUUGAAUUGGAUUGGACACAAUCAGCUGGCCAUAAAAUAGAUCAUCACGAAUACUAUCAGCCUUUGGAUGAGGAAGACAGUAUCGAUGCUGCUGGAUAUGUAGGAGGUACAUUUCGACUUGGUGGCGAUGCUGAACGCAUGAAAGAAUCGCCUAGACGUGAGAUCUUGGCACAGGCUGCUACAUUACGAUUAACGAAGGAAGAGGAGGAGUUAGAUAAAGGGUGUGGUUUGGACAAAUUUUUACGCGAUCCAAAAAUUUUGUCAUUCUGUUCGGAACGGCAACGCUCAGACAACCUCAUUUUAAUUACAGAAAUUCAACGUAAAAGGUUGGUAGCAACUAUAACAGAGGUUGUAAUUAAGCAUAUAUUUGUUGUUGUUGAGACUAUUACAUUUAGACUCCUUAUCUGA